AUGGGGGUUCAUGACCUGUGGUCCAUCGUGGAGCCGCUUCGGGAGUCGGUGCCGCUGUUCAGUCUGAGCGGAAAGACGCUGGCGGUCGACCUGAGUUUGUGGGUUUGCGAGGCUCAGCAUGUCCAGGCGAUGAUGGGGAGGGUCACGAAGCCCCACCUCAGGAACCUGUUCUUCAGGGUGUCGUCCCUCACACUGAUGGGGGUGAAGCUCGUCUUCGUCAUGGAAGGAGAAGCUCCCAAACUUAAAGCAGAAACCAUGAGCAAGAGGACACAAACGAGAUACGGAGGAUUCAAGAAAGCUUCUGCCCCAAAGUGUAAACCAACAGCCACCAGCAGAGGGCGCUUCAACGCUGUGCUGCGAGAGUGUUCAGAGAUGCUGGACUACCUGGGCGUGCCGUGGGUGACGGCUGCUGGGGAGGCCGAGGCCAUGUGUGCGUACCUGGACUCACGGGGUCUGGUGGACGGCUGCAUCACCAACGAUGGAGACGCCUUCUUGUACGGGGCCCGGACCGUCUACAGGAACUUCAAUUUGAACAGCAAAGACCCUCAGGUGGACUGCUACCACACUUCUCGAGUGCAGACAGAGUUACAUCUGUCCAGGGAGAACCUCGUCGGUCUCGCCAUUCUCCUCGGCUGUGAUUAUAUUCCCAAGGGCAUACCAGGUGUUGGCAAAGAGCAGGCCCUGAAGCUCAUCCACACACUGAGAGGACAAACACUUCUGCAAAGGUUCGUCCAGUGGAAGGAGGAGAGUACAUGUGUGUCUGAUGGAGUUGUGAAGAAGGUUCCUCACUGCAACGUCUGUCGUCAUCCUGGCUCAGUGAAGGCACAUGAGCGCGGAGGCUGUGUGCUUUGCGACAGUCAGCGGUUCUGUCAGCCUCAGGACUUUGAUUACCAGUGUCCCUGUGACUGGCACCGCUACGAGCAGAACCGCCAGGCCUUGUCUUUUGAGGCGAACAUCAGGAGGAAAACUCUUGCAAGUGAGCAGUUCCCUUUUACAGAGAUCAUUCGUGAGUUCCUGGUUUCCAAGGAUAAGCCCGUGUCACACUUCAAGAGGAGACAACCGAACAUGCUGCUGAUGCAGAAAUUUGCCCACGACAAGAUGGAGUGGCCGAAGCAUUACACCAGCGAAAAGGUUUUGGUCUUGAUGACCUACACGGCGUUGAUGAACAGAAAAUAUGCAGCAAACAUGACCUCUCAGAUUCAGCCUAUCAGAAUAUUUAAACCAAGGGUGAGGAAUGCCGUGGCUUGCUUCGAGGUCAUCUGGAGUCCACCAGAACAUUAUGUGUUCCCUGAGGAUCUGCCUGCAGAGGAUCAGCAGGAGGUGAGGACGGUGGAGGAAGAGGCUCUGUUUGGAGUGGCCUACCCAGAGGUGGUGGAGAGCUACCUGAGGAACAAAGCUCUGGCUGAAGAGAACAGGACCAAGAAAAAGAAACCAAAGAGUAAAAAGGAGAAAGCGUCCGAUGUCUCCGAUGGUAUUUCAGACCUCUUGGCUCAGAUGACCAUUAAGGGGGCUUCAACUCAACCAGAAAUGCUGCCUCCUACCACUUCAAACACACACGAAGCAGAAGUGCUGAUUCUGGACUCUCCAGUGAGCCAGAAGCAGCAUCGAAAGGAAAAAGAAGAUGGCAGCAGCAUCCUGCAUGAUUACCCCAAAGCUCCUCUGGCUGGUGCUGAGUCCGAGGCUGCUGCUUCACCUUCUGUCUCUGCUGUUAUUGAUGCUCUGCACCUGAGUGAUAUUGACUGGGAUGCUCUGUCCUUCACAUCCUCUCCAACUCCACAAGCAGCUGCAAACCAGCCCACAGAGCUCCAGCCAAAUAAAACCACAGACAGCCAUGUCAGGGAAACAGAGGACUCCAGAUCAGCUCCAGAGCUGUGUCCUCUCAGAGACAGGCUGCUCAUGAGGAACACAGCCAAAGCUCUGAAUCAGGUGAACAAUGAUGUGGUCUCAAAACAGCUCGACUAUGAGUUACUCUCUCAACACAGUUCCAAGGAACAAGCUAAGGGGCCGAUCCCCAGUAAAGGUCGUGAUGACUGUAGUUUGUCAGGGAAGGGAUCUGCUGUUCACAAGAAGGAACCACUCACACAUCAAACCCAGAGCUCAAAGGAGCAGCUGAUGUCUGUAGCUCAAGCUCAGAAUAAGACAAAAGAAGCAUCCAGUGGCUCCAGAAAGCCUCCUCAGAAAUAUAAAUUUGUCAGGACAGCUAUUUCAUCAUCGGCUGUCCCACCACAGAGGUGCCACUCUGACCCGGGUCAAAGUGGCAAAAAGGACGCCAACAUACUACAAACCACCAAGAAGAGUGUUUGUAUGAGCGUGUGUUCAUCCAGUGAGGACAGUGACGUAGAAAACCAGCAGGCUGGACCUCACAGACCAACAAAAACCAAGUCCACAAACCAGAUCAAGGGCAGGUUUAUUUCAGACUUAAACCCGAAACCAGUUCUUGUCCCUAAAAUGAACAAACCAGCUGCAAAAGCUGGACACAGUCAUCAGGUACCAACAUCUCAGAGCCGCACACCUGCAUCAACUACAAUCAGACGUCAGGAUGUCCCACCAGCUACCCUGGAUGAUGAUGAUGUGUUACUGCAGAGCCCAGCAUCGCCGGUCACGGUGUUGGACAGUGACGACUCAGUGGUUGGUAGUGAGAGCCCGCUGCCCCUGGCUGAGAGGCUGAGGCUGAAGUUCCUGAAGUGAGCAGCAGCUACAGGAUGAUUAACAUGCAGGUCCUUUUUCUGCACAGUCACACAAGAAUAAGUCUCUACUUUGUCAAGCAAACAUGAGAAACAGUUCAUGGUUCCAGCUUCUCAAGUAUAACAAUUCUCUGCUUCUCCCUGUCUGACACUACGAGGACUUUAAUGUCUUUGAUAAUGACUGUUAAUUAAACAUUCAGGCUGGAUUUUCACAGUUUUUGAUGUUUUAUACAUCAAAUACUUCAUCAAGAAGACUGAAUCUUGCUAUAACCUGAUACUGUGAGCAUAAUGGAAAUGUUUCUGUAAAACAAUGGAGAACAUUUUAAGUAUUAAAUGAUAAUUAUUAAUGA